UCACAUGCAUCACUACUCCGCAAACCUCCCCCUUCUUCAGUCGCAAACAACCACAACCAACCACCGCCUACAAUUCUUCAUAUACAGUGAUUUGUCGCCUCUUCACAAACCCUUCUUUCCUGGGAGGAAUCAAAGCUCUGCGGCUUCGCUUUUCUCUUCCGAGUUUGUCUUGGAAGUUGCGAGAAAAAAAUGGGAAACUGUGCGGAGACAUGCAGGCAGAGGCAAAGUGGAGAGAUCUGGAAAGAGCCGGAGGAGUUCCAGCUUCAAGAGAUCAGGAACAGCAAGGCGGCGAAUCGCAGCGGCGGUGGCGUCGGCAAGAUCGACGGCGGCGGCGGCGGCGGGGGUGGGAGAGUCAGGGUCAAGAUAGUGCUGACCAGGGAAGAGCUGGAGCUGCUGCUGAUCCAGUUGGGUGGCGACAGCAGCAGCAGGAAAGGAGGGCCGAAGAGCAACUUGGAGCAAGUUCUGGGCGAAAUAGAGAGAGGGAGGAGGAGAAACAGCAGCGUCAGCGAAGCCGUCGAUGUUGUCGGGUCGUGGAAGCCUUCGCUUGAUAGCAUCAUGGAGGUGCCUGAGGUGAAUGAGAUGGAGAGGUCACGAUGAGCUUAUUUUCUUUUUUUUUUUCUUGUUAAUUUGGGAAAAAUUAUCCUUGUAGUUUAAUAUGGAUCAAAGGGCUUUUCAGGGGGGGUAGAUUCGUCCAAAAAAAUGUAAAUUAUCUUUUGGGAUUUUUGCUGGACGGGGCCCCCUGAGGUUCUUUGCUCCUCAACUUGUUCAUCCUCCCUCCAUACGGUGGAAAAAUUUUUGGUUUGGA